GUUCAUUGCAGCUGAUUUAUUGACACAGAAAUUGUCUAAAUAGGAGACCUCGUUAAAUGUGAUUGGUCUUUCGCAUGACAAGGUGAUGAAUCAAGGACUUCUUUUUUAAGUGUACGUCGAAUGGCGCAGCUGGAGAGAUAAGGUAGCCUCCAAGUGACACUUUCCGCCUUGAAGAGACAUAAUGCUCAGCCUGAACAUAAUGGACGACGGCGAAAAUGGAAAUACAAUCAUAACGUGUAUUAUCUUUUAAGACUAUUUUGCGCAUGAUCUCUGUAUAAUCCAAUUCUGAAACUGCGACAAAGGCUUUGAGAAUGGCAAGCUCUAAGCAGAAUAAUAACCCUAGGGCAAGCAAACGGAUAGACUACAGUUCAAAUCCGUGUUAUUUUGCCGCUAUAUUUGAUCGUUUUUACAAUAUGAGAUCUAAUAUGGAACUUUGCGAUGUGACAUUGAAAGUAGGCAAUGUAACGUUUGCUGCUCACCGCUUGAUUCUCGCUGGCAACUCGCCGUACAUACGAAAUAUCUUUGCUUCGGAAAAUUCUGGAACACUUCAACAAGAAAUUGCUUUGCCAAGCAUUUUUCGAGAAGACACCGUGAGAUUGAUUUUAGAUUAUUUCUACUCUGGCAACUUGGUAAUUAACACAGACAACUGCGAAGAGCUUCUUUCACUGGCUUCCCUCUUACAGAUACAAGAAAUUGUUGAAGAGCUCCAGGAAUUUGUCAUUUCAAACCUUCAAGCAUCCAACUGUCUGCGGUUUCAAAGCUUAGCCCAUAAACUUAAACUUACAAAUUUCAAAGCUAAAAUUGACCGUUUUGUUGACUGGAACUUCAAGAGCCUACUUAAAGAGCCUGACUUUUUGGCAAUGUCCGCUGAGCACCUAAUCGAAGUAAUUGGAAGCGAAAAUAUACGAGUUAAACGCGAGGAGACUGUGUACGAGGCAGUUUAUAGGUGGUUCAGACAGGACCCAAAUGGAAGAGCAAGCAAGGCAGAAAGAGUGUUCAGGGAGAUCCAUUUUGAACAGAUCCCGUCAAAGUACCUCACCAAAGAAAUCGUUCCAAAUCUUUGUGAAAAGUACAAUAUUUGCGUCGAUCGGGUGAAGGAGGCUUUAGACCAACACGCAUCUGGGAACAACACACACAAAACACAAACAUCUAAAUCAGAUUUUGCAAGAAAGCCACAAGACGUGAUCUAUGUUAUUAGCUGUAGAACAAACCUCGUGGAACGAUUCGAUUCGGUGACUUGCGCAUGCGUGCGCUGCCAUGAGAUGACAGGACCGGCGGGAACCGUAGAGAGUUUGAGCGAAAACCGCUACGCAGUUGUCGUGGGACAUGAACUUUAUUGCGUGUGCAGUAGCAAAGUUGACAAGUUUAAUUUGUUGGAACUUUGCUGGACUGAAGUGGGUGAAGGUGUUGACGUCCGUGAUUCAGGUGUUUGUGCAGGAAAAGAUUGUAUUUUUGUGGUGGGUGGAAGGCAGAAAGGAGAAUCAGCUUAUGAAUUUAAUCUGGAAACACAGGAGUGGACAGAUCUUCCAAAUAUGAGUAACAGCAGGCGAUGUCCAGGUGUGACAUUUUUGUCUAGUAAACUGUACGUGAUUGGUGGACACAGCCCAGAUGGGGCCUUAGCCUCCAUCGAACGCUAUGACACAAAACAAGAAAAGUGGACCUCUUUGAAGUCAAUGAACUUCCCGCGUUUUCUUUUGAGAGCAUGCGCGAUAGAUGGGCUGGUAUAUGUUGUGGGCGGCAGGAACAACGAGCGGAGCCUGGACACGAUAGAGGUGUUCGACCCGAAGGCAAAGAGCUGGACCAUACUAAAUGAAAAAAUGCAAGACUCAAGGAAUGAUUUUGGACUUGUAACACGAGAUAAUCAGAUCUUCUGCAUCGGUGGACGUGGUGUGAAGUCAAUUGAGUGUUUUGAUGUGGUAGCUAAGCAAUGGAAAAAUGUUGGCUCGACGGGAGAGAAUAACUUUAGCAUGAGUUGCGUGUUUUAUCUGCCAUUUUAGGAAAACAGUUUAAAGACAGGUAUAAGCCAUAAAUCAAAAAUUUGUGAUGACACCUGUAAAGCGAGCAGGCCGACACAGUGCGAAACUAAAAACUAUAAAGUUUCAAAAGGAAUUUUCUGCUAACCGUAUUGAACAUUAUCAAAAUACUAUAAAGUAAUAUGUUCUAGCUCUCCGAAUGCACUGAUCUAUAGACAUUGUAGUUGAGUAGUGCCCUUUGUAUGAAAUGGCUACUUUUUCGGAUGCUUAGUUAAAUAGGAAUCGAAAGGUAAGAGGAGGAACUUUAAAGAGAGUUACAACCGAAGGUAGACAUUAUCAUUAGUGUGUUUGGUUUUUAUGAUAGCAAACUGUAGUACGGAACCUUUGAUUAAACGUGGCUUACGCGGGGUGUUGAAAUGAUUCAAACUAGUGAAAAACUGGCACUAUGACAAAACUAACUUGCGGGUAGGCCUCGUCUUCGCGCUGCAGAACGAUAUAUAUAAAGGGAAGUUUACAGGGGGUCUGGCACUAAUAGUGCCACAUUAUCAUUGCUAGACCCCUUGCAGAAGAGCUCUCGCCGGCCAGCGUUGAUCAAGGCCUCCUACUUUCCCGCAGGCGAAAAAACGCUCUUGGCGAAGCGUAAAUGAUGGGAACCUGCUCGCAGGCUAUAACAAGAGGGUCUCAGUCCAAACGUUGGAAAGAAAGGAAUGUUUCGAUAUACCAUGCAAAUUAAAUUACAUUCUUUAAGGAUGAACAUGUGCCCCAAAAUCAAUCAUGUGCGCUAAGAUUGAUCUUUUUUCCUUGUCUCUUUUUUCAGUGUAAGUAUCUUUGAAUAAAAACAA